CUCGCGAGUGUUUUCCUAAUAAUGGCAGGGAUGUCGGUGAUGUCUUCGUGAAGUGGUGAGGUGUCUCGACUGUUGCGAGGCGCGAUGUGGGUACGGUUGAAGGCAUCCUGGAACAAUAAGUUCGUCGUGCUUUUGACGGUGUUGGACUUUGCCGUAUGUGCUGUGCCGGCUGAGAAAACGGCAGAUGUCCGGCAAGACUUUCUUAGGUAUGAACGAGUACAUCCCAAAGUUAUAAGCCAUGGGCGGAGGCGUCGGGACGUCUUGAGUUUAAGAAAUACUACUCAUCAAGAUGUUCUACAGGUUAUGUUCAAAGCAUUUGGUCAGCCUUUCACGUUAGACCUGCGAAUGAAAAAAGACUUGCUGCCAUUAAAUUAUUUUGAAAAGCACCAUGCAAACAAUAGUCACAUCAUAGAUCACCCCAUGAAAAGGACCAACAAGCACUGCUAUUAUCACGGCACUGUACGUGGACGGAACAACUCUUGGGCUGCUGUUAGCACUUGUGAUGGGCUCAGUGGAGUUGUCUUUGACGGGAAAGAGACUCAUUAUAUUCACCCUGACCUUCCCGAGCAUUUGUUUUUUAAGGCAUCUGACAUGAAAGAGAAAUCUUGGAGAUGCGGAUUCAAUGACUCGCUGAACCUGUGGGGUGAUACUCAUUUUAGGGCAAAGAGAUCUGUUGUGAUACAACCACCAUUCAGAAGUAAUGCAAGAUCUCGCUAUGUAGAGCUUUUGAUUGUUAAUGAUAACAAAGAGUUCAUCAAGAUGAAGCGAAACAAAGAAGCCGUGUUUGAAAGAAGCAAGCAAAUAGCAAACAUAGUCAAUGCGCUCUAUGCCCCGCUAAAUAUAUUUAUUGCAUUGGUUGGAGUUAUUGUUUGGACAGAGCAUGAUGAAAUAGUCAUGUCUUCAGACGGUGAUGCAACAUUAACAAAGUUUUUACAAUAUCGACGAGAACGGCUUGCUCGAGAGCAUCCAAAUGACAAUGCUCAGCUAAUAACAGACAUUGUGUUGGAUAGCAGUGUUGUUGGAAAGGCACUCAAAGGACCCAUCUGCACAUAUGAAUACUCUGGUGGCGUCAACAAGGACCAUCAUGAAGUGGUUGGUGUUGUGGCUACUACUGUAGCCCAUGAAUUGGGCCACAACUUUGGCAUGGAGCAUGAUGACAAGGACACUAAAUGCCAGUGCCCUGAAAAGAGGUGCAUAAUGGCAUCAGCAACCAGUAACCCACCCAGCCCAAGCCAGUGGUCAUCCUGCUCCAAGCAGUACUUGCAGUCGUCAUUUGAGCAGGGCAUGGACUUCUGCCUUUGGAACUUGCCUGAGGACAUCAUGGGUCCCGUCUGUGGGAACGGGUUCCUUGAAGAGGGCGAGCAGUGUGACUGUGGUCCACCAGAGUUCUGCAAAAAUCCAUGUUGUGAAGCAUCGACUUGCAAGUUCAAAGGAAAUGCCGCAUGUGCUAUUGGAGCUUGCUGUGACAUUUCUACAUGCCAGGUCGUGAAGGCUGCCACACUGUGUCGAGAUGCCAUAACAGAGUGUGAUCUGCCAGAAUACUGUGAUGGGGCUUCAGAAUUCUGUCCUGUGGAUGUUUUUGUGCAAGAUGGAACAGAAUGUGGAGGUGGCAAGGCCUACUGCUUUGGUAAGCAAUGCCGCUCUCAUGAUGACCAGUGCCAGCUACUGUGGGGUUCCAGUGGACGUAUGGCUGACCAGCGGUGUUUUGAGCGCAAUGAUGAUGGUGAAGUAAAUGCUAAUUGUGGAUACAAUCGCCUGAACAAGACCUACAAGAAAUGCAACAAGGAGGAUGUGAUGUGUGGCACACUCCACUGUGUGCACCUGAAUGAGCGGCUAGAGUUCGGCAUAGAGUCUGCAGCUGUCCAGUCCAAAUUUUACAUAGAUGAAAAUGAUAAACGGUUUACAUGCCGGUCUGCAAUUGUGGACUUGGGCCUAUUCACAGCUGAUGUUGGCCAGUCACCAAAUGGUGCUAAGUGUGGCACCAAUAAGGCUUGUAUGAACCAAAAGUGUGUUCCACUUGAAAAACUAUAUGGCAUCAAAUGCCCUUAUGACUGUUACAAUAAUGGGGUUUGCAACAGCCGUGGGAACUGCCAUUGCAUGGUGGGUUACGCACCUCCGUACUGCAAUUAUCCAGGACCUGGUGGCAGUUCAGACAGUGGUCCUGCAUCAGACCCCUCAGCUGGUUACAGUUUUAUGGUGUCCAUGUACAUAAUUUUCCUGUGCAUCGUGCCUCUGGCUGUGAUCACCAGUUUCUCCAUCUACUACUUCCGCCGCCACCUGAAGACGUGGUGGAUGACAAAGGCUCGCAAGGCAGCAAUAAAGAGUCGUGCCCAGCAAGUGGGCCUCGACCGGCGUGGAGGUCGGCCCCUGUCCAAGUUCAGCAUUGAUGCUGAGGCUAUCAAGGCACUCAACAUCUCGGGCCCAGUAACCCAGCACAUGGCUCCGCAAGAGCCACUAGUACCCAGCGCACCACCAUUGCCGCCAUCACAGCACCAGAAGCCACACCGCAGUGUGAGCCGUGAGCGUGGCAGUUUUCGCAGCGUGGACAUCUCUGGACCUGUGCUGCAGAGCUCAAGCAACAGCCACAUAGCUCCAACCCGGCCAGCACCUGCCAGACCUGCACCUGCCCGGCCUGCCCCAGGGCGUCCUGUGAGCGUCCAACGUGCACCCUCCUGUCCAUCACAGGGGAGCAUGCGUGGACGCUCACGUGUAGCACGCUCGGCAAGCCAGCGCAGCAAUGGUCCUCGGCCAGCACAUCCACCGCCACCAAGGCCUCCUGCACCCCCUGAUGGGUCCCUAACACCAUGUAUUUGGAACCUCAAUUGAGUGGGUGCAAGUUGGCAAGAUCGUCUGGACCGUGACUGCGCAUGACUGCAAGUCCAGCCGAGCUCAUACGCAGCCUCGCACCCUGCUUUAGAGGUAAUCUGCCGCGUGUGCAAAGAGUAGGCGUGCCGAGACCGCGUGGCACAAUGUAAACUGUCUUACCACGCGUUUAGUAUUGCAGGCUGCGUAAUCUCAAGUUUCAGUAACCCAUUGGAGCGAGAGGCAGCCGAAGCAUUCGCUCUCCGCUGCCGGCGCUUUUCUUGAUAGCGCUGUCCCAGUGCAGGCAACGCUAUCAGCAGGCGGAGUGCAAGCGAAAGCGUGACUGGCUUCGCUUAAUUCGUACCGCUGAGAAGGUGUUGUCGACGUACAUGGCAUGAAAUCGUAUCAUUCGUCACCGACUCCAAAAUUUAUCAAAAUGAAUUGUUUUGUCAUUGAAAUUUGCUUUUUUCGAUUGCGACUGAAAAAUUGACCGGCGACUGUACUUAUUUGCAUAAAAGGUAUAAUGUCAAUAGAACAAAAUUUCGAUAUAACUAAGCAAAUCGCGAAUUUUACUGACUUCGUUAAGUCAAGGCUUAACUGUAUAUGCAAGUUGAAUCACCGACUGGCACCCACAUGUGAUUCUGCAGCAGUUGCAGAGCUUCUCAACCAAGAAAAUUUCAAAGCCACCUGUCAUGAAGCCUUGUGUGAUAGCUUUAAUGGGGCAACUUGCAAAUGAAAUGUUUUGCAUCAUUAUGGGUAGUCUAUAUAAAGCUACACUACUGUUUGUGCCCAGCUUUUUUUUUUUUUUUUGUGCUUGUUUCAUUAACUUGGAUGCACCAUUCCUGUUUCUGUGCAUAUUACGUGUGAUGGAUGGGGGAGUAGAUGGUGACUCAAAAUAUUAUGGUAUUUCUUGUGCGGCCAGCAGUCAUAAAAAUAGGCCAGGUUUUCUUUUUCCUUAUUUGUUCUAUGCCGGUUUUAUCUUUUAUUUUCUUUCAUUUGUUUCUCAGCAUUUCUAGCAUAACACUUCUAGGCUGAGAAUAACAUUGUGAAAAUUUUCAUUCACCUGUGCAUGAUUCAUUUAUUAUGCAUUGCUGUGCAUAAUUACCCAGUGUAACAAGUUAAAGCAAUGCAUAAUUGUAGUAAUCAGCUCAGUUGGGUAUUUAUGCAAGAGCUGAUUGUCAAUGCAAGUCAUUGAUUGCAUUAAGAUGCGAGCCGUAUUCAGGUGUUGCGUUGCUAGUGCUGAUGCAAAGGGCAGUUAUAUGAGCCGAAGUUGAUAAUGGGCACUCAAGGAAUUGUUGCACUCAGGUGCAGAGGGAUCAAAUCGGUCACUCAGCCAAUAACCUACUUUUGUUAGCUGUAUCACGCGCAUGCACACACAAACACACACACACACACACACAAAGUGAAGUUCACAAUGCAUCACACUUUCAGUUCAUUAUCACGAAUGCCAACACACAUGCUGGUUUCUGUUGUUCAGUGGUAAACUUUCUUAUAAUACUCUCAGUAUUAGGUGUCCUCAUAAGUUUUAUCACACCCGCCGCGGUUGCUCAGUGGCUAUGGUUUUAGGCUGCUGAGCACAAGGUCGCGGGAUCGAAUCCCGGCCACGGUGGCCGCAUUUCGAUGGGGGCGAAAUGCGAAAACACCCGUGUACUUAGAUUUAGGUGCACGUUAAAGAUCCCCAGGUGGUCAAAAUUUCCGGAGUCCCCCACUACGGUGUGCCUCAUAAUCAGAAAGUGGUUUUGGCACGUAAAGCCCCAUAAUUUAAUUUUUUUUAAAAGUUUUAUCACUUCAGUUGUUAGCUAAAAAAAUGGCGGAAAGUAAUGCUGAGAAUGAACUGAAAAAAAGAUUGCAAAUAUACUCAGGUGGUGUUUACAAGUGUUCCAUUUUAGUCCACAUUAUCAUCUUAAGUCAUGCCUUUUGCGCCAUCUGGCAAAAACUGCCAUUGUAUGCACAGUUUGUGAGAACACAGUUUGCAUAUGACAGACGAGUUCACAUAAUUUUUAACAUUCUGCAGGGUGGUGCUGGUUUUGUCUGGUGCAAAAGCUAUGCCUCGUUAAUUGUGCGUGCCAGUGUGCUCAUCACAGUUUGCUCUGACAUGCAGGAAGUCUUGUGAAGUGAGUGAGUGAGGCACCCAAGACCGUUGCCCAGUGGAGUCCCUGUACAUAGGUGACAGAUACUGGUGUGUGCAGUGCAGUGUGGACAGAAACACCAAUAUUUGGUGCAUAAUUGGGCUGUGCCCUUGGUUUGAUAUUUGUAUGAAUUGCACUGGUAUUAGUUGAAGUUGGUCGUUUAGCAUCGUGUUGAGCCAGAAUCUGAACUCAUCAGAUUUCUGCAUUGAAUAGUGCAGUGGUGGUUGAUUGUUUUGAGAAUGCACUCCUACUUAAAUGUUCUGCCAUGGUACAAAGCUCAUUGCAUGCUGUUUUAAUGUAGUGUGCUUUCAACCUUUAUAGUCGCAUGACAGUUUGCAAGGCUUGAAAAGCCCUACAAGUAGUCUUGCACCAUAAUGCCUUUGAAUGAAUGCUGCAGUGCAAACUCUGGAAUUUCAAUUAUCAGACGUUUCUACUGUUGAUCGGAUUGCUCCCACAUGGCAGCCAUUUGGCAUGUAACCGGUAGUUUAAGAUUUGUCUGUGUUAAGUGCUUAAAUAAGAAGUGUCUGAAUGUGUUAGAAUGCAAAGAAUUUAGGUUUUAGAAUUCCCAUUUCUGAACGUACAGUGCAGCAAAGCUAUCUACACAGGAGCCUUACCAUUUACCAUAGAGUGGCUUUAUAAUGUUGUUGCGAUUGUAAAGCGAGCCAGACCAGGGCAAACAUUUUGGAUGUAGCAAGUGCAAGCAGUGUUUAGUUAUGCAAUGUGUGAACAGUAUUGCAGUGUUGGCCAUAUUGUGUGGAAAGAAGUUAUUGUAUCAACCAGACCACGCUGCACAAUAUUACUUUCUCUAGAAAGCAGACAUAUUGGAGGAUCCAUGUUAACAUUUCUUUUUACCAGUAUUAGACUUAUGACAAAACAAAAAUAAGGUGAUGUGCAUGCUAGCUUCUUGCAGUUCUUUGUAUGUGAUACAGAGGUAAUCUAAAGUUGUGAUCCAAGCGCACAACAGAAUGGCACUACGUAUGUAGAAGACGGCAAGGCAAGCAUAUGCCCAAUACUUCUAGGUUCUGCAUAAGUGAUCCUCCUGCCACAACUUCUUGCUGUGCGUGUUUGUUUCUGUAAGUGCCUAUUUAUAGACAUUAUGCAUCUAUUCAUAUCUUAUGUUUUUCAUCUGUGAACAGGAGACAUGUGGUUCCUUAAAGAAAAAUGUUCUGCCAUUUCAUCUGGAUGGCAUCUGCAGGCCAAGCAUUUCUAGUGCAUGUGGCAGUUGUUGCAACACAGUGCUGUCAUAGACUAGACCAAACCAUGACUUUAAUAGCGUUCAGUCUUGCAUAAAGUUUUUUUGCCUGUGUCUGUGUGCAAUAUAGACAAGCUGCACAUUUUUUGUGCAGGACUACCACUAGUGCAGUUUCAAAGUGUGAAUGUCACAGUUUUAUUUUGUUCUUGUACAUAUGUAUUUACUGUGUUGAGCAAACGUCGCUUCUGUGAACAAGUAUAUAAAUAUAUAUAUAUAUAUAUAGACUUAUACAUAUGUACAUAAUAAACUGUUUAUUUAUGAA